GUGAGCUGCGCCUUGCAUCCCAUACAUCCCAUCCAUCUUGCCAGCCAUGACUCCAGAUACAUCCGCUCUGGCUGGACCUUCGACACUGCCAGCUUCAGCGUCGUCGUCACCAUCAUCUCUGCCCGCUGCGCAAGAUGGCGAAGCGCUAGCUUUCAAGCGCCGCAGACCAGUCGAGGACGACGACGUACCAAAGUACUCGUACGAUGACGAAGAGGACGAGGAUGACUACGAGUCGAAGCGCUACGUGCCGCUGAAGCAGCGCAAGUUACAGGAGCUGCAGAAGGUGCGGGCGAGAGGUGGUGGAACCUCGAAGGCAGGUGCGGGUGGGGCCAAUACUGCCUCAUCGUCCAAGUCGAAUGGUGCGACGGUGGAUGGCAAUGGCGAUGGCGGCAGCGCAGCAAGACGAGAUGGUGCCAAGCACGGCAACGACGAUGGAUCUGACGACGAGGAUGCAGAAGAGGACUUGGGAGUCAAGCAGAAGAACACUCGCCUCCUCGACGAAGCAAGAGCGUUGAGAGAGGCCAAAGCCUACGCCACUCAGACGGAAGCUGAGCGACAGGCAGAGGAGGAGCGCAAGAUCCUCGAGGCUCACGCCGCGCGAAGGAAGUUGGCCAGUGACAUGGAGCUCGCAAAGGGCAUCAGCUGCACCGAGCCUCUGAAAACGUCUUGGAAGGCGCCACGCUUCGUCCUCGAGCGUACAGAGGAGGAGAAUGUGAAAUUGAGGGAGCAGCACCAUGUCCUCGCAGAUGGUCUGGACAUCCCUCCCCUCAUCACAAAUUUCCGCGAUAUGAAGGUUCCCAACUGCCUCAUCAAGCAUUUCGCCUCCAAGGGAAUCAAGAAGCCCACCCCCAUCCAGAUGCAAGGCCUACCGACAGCCUUCAGCGGCAGGGACAUGAUCGGCAUUGCUUUCACGGGAAGCGGCAAGACGUUGGCCUUCUCACUGCCCAUCGUCAUGUUCGCUGUCGAAGAGCAGAAAAAGUUGCCAUAUACUCGUGGCGAGGGGCCGCUGGGUAUGAUCAUCUGUCCCUCUCGCGAGCUGGCGCGACAAACGUACGAGAAUCUUAAGCUGAUGGCACAAGCACUAGCAGAGGAUGGAUACCCGGAGAUCGGAGUGUUACUGUGCAUUGGUGGCAUUUCCAUGGCGGAGCAGCAUCACACCAUGAACAAAGGGUUCCACAUCGUUGUUGCUACGCCGGGCAGACUGCAGGACAUGCUCGAGAAGAAGAAGUUCACCCUCGAGUGCUGCAAGUACCUCUGCUUGGAUGAGGCGGAUCGGAUGGUUGACAUGGGCUUCGAGGAGGAUGUGAGGAAUAUCAUGAGCUUCUUUAAGCAACAACGCCAAACCCUCCUCUUCUCAGCCACCAUGCCCGCAAAGAUCCAAGACUUUGCCGAGCAAUCUCUCAUCGCCCCCGUCGUGAUCAAUGUAGGUCGAGCAGGCGCUGCUUCUCUCGACAUCGUCCAGGAGGUAGAAUACGUCAAGCAAGAGGCCAAGAUGGUCUACCUCCUCGAAUGUCUCCAAAAGACUGCCCCGCCGGUCAUCAUCUUCUCGGAGAACAAGAACGAGGUAGACGAUAUCCAGGAGUAUCUGCUACUGAAGGGAGUGGAGGCAGUCGCGAUUCAUGGAAGCAAGACGCAGGACGAGCGCGAGUACGCAAUCCGCAGCUUCAAGUCAGGGCAGAAGGACGUAAUGGUCGCAUCAGGGGUAGCGAGCAAAGGAUUGGACUUCAACGAGAUUCAGCACGUCAUCAACUUCACGAUGCCCAAAGAGAUUGAGUCAUACGUCCAUCAGAUUGGUCGUACAGGUCGCAGCGGCAAGACUGGUAUCGCCACAACGUUCGUCAACAUGUCCGUACCUGAGCAGACGUUGCUCGACCUCAAGUAUCUGCUGAUGGAGGCUAAGCAGCGUAUCCCGCCCUUCCUCGCUGCCAUUGAGGAUCCGAGAGCUACAGCUGGUGGGCAAAUCAGGGCUUGUGCAAUUUGCGGUGGUCUUGGGCACUCCGUGCAGGAUUGUCCGAAGCUGGAGGAGGAGCAGAGGAGGAAGAUGGCCGGGCAUGGAAGGGAUGCAGGGGGUGGAGGUUACUAGAUGGGAGGCAAUCCUUGCAAAUGAAUGCGCGCAAAGAUGGCCUCGUGGAAAUCUCAUGUUUGUGUGCAGUCGGCUCUCAGCCGCGAUCUAUCGUACAAAGGAGUUGUGAGGGUGGCAGGGCAUGAUGUCCCGCCUUUUGGUUCCAACGCCAUGGAGAGCGUCCAUUACUCCACCUUACACUGUUACCAAGUCUCUCCUUUACUAGAGCAGCGCCUGCUUUGCAGCUGUCCAGCUCGCAGCCGCUCCCAUCAUGAUCCCCGACGCGACAGCCAUCGGCCUCACACCCGCCGUAGCCUUGAACAUCGCUCCCG